ACAUGUUUAGGAUUACAGCCUACGUUCCGCUUGGAGUAAUACUAAGUACAACUAGAACUGGCAAAAAAAAAAACCCUAACUCUGAGCUCAAUCCACUUGGUGUUUCCUUUGAAAUCUUAUCUCUCCUUAAAAAAACAAAAGUACUCCUCCGUCCAUUCCUUCGUUUUAAACCGACCCCACGCCGAAAGUUCUUCCAAACCUCUGGCUCGCUGUCUCGCAAGAGGCGGAGUCCGCCGCCCUCCGUUGUAGUCGCCGCGUAGGUGGCUCUCUGUUGGUGAAGACGAGGCGCGAAGCUUCUGUUGCUAUGGGUGCUCGUUGCCUUAGCAGGUACGCUUGCAGGCUAGGGCGAGGCGACGGUUCCGAGCGGCAAACUCGGCGUGGCUGCGAGGGGCAGCGACUGAUAAAGUGGUAGAAGUCGAGGGGUGAGAGAGAGAGAAAGAGACUCAAAGAACCACCAAACCGGCGCGAGUUGACCGCCAGGGCAGGAGUUGCCGCUUCCAAACAGAAGCGGUGCCAGGACUUGCCUAGGGAUUUGCCGCGCAAGGGCGACAAAACGCGGGGCAUUUAGGCUGCCUAGGUAAGCGAAGAGUGCCAUCUCCUCAACCCCUCAGGAGGAAAAGGCGUCUCUGUGGCAGCAGCAGCCGCCAUGGACGAGUUUGCUGAGGAGCAGGUGGACGAGGACUGCUGUGACUUUGAGCCUCUGCCAGCACUUUCGGAGGAUGAGGAGAACGUGUCUCUUGCUGAUGUAUUGUCACUGCGAGAUAGCUGUCUUUCUGAGCAAGAUGUCUGGGCUGUCUGCCUAGAGUGUAGCCAGUCUCUGAAGAGCAUUGCCCAUUCUGCAAUCUUCCAGACACUUUGCAUUACUCCUGACACUUUGGCUUUUAACACCAAUGGCAAUGUAUGCUUCAUGGAACAGAUCAGUGAUGAUCCAGAAGGUGCCUUUGUGCCUCCAGAGAUUGACGUAACUGGUAACACAUUUGAGGCGCAUAUCUUUUCUUUGGGAGCCACACUAAAAGCAGCCAUUGAGUAUACAAUGAAGUCUGGAAUAGAUUCAAAAUUCAGUCAUGAUCUGCAUACUUUGCUUGAACAAAUGCAGGAAGAAAGACCUAAAGAGAGACCAGAUAUUGAGACUGUCAUAUCGUUGAGUAAAGAGAACCUGAAGCUUUCUUCCUCAAGUGAUAUUUGCCAUUGCCUCUCUGCAAUUGGAAGAAGAGUGCUCUCAAUUGAAUCGUUUGGCACCUUUCAAGACAGUUGUGAUAACUUGUGGAAUGGAAAAGUCUAUGAGAGGAUUUCACCUUAUGAACAGUGCACAGAUUACAACUUAAGAGAACAUUCAUCUCCAGAGGUAGAAGACUUGACUGCUGUUAAUGAUGGGAAUUCUUCUGGCAUGUAUAUCAUGAAUGACAGAAAUAAUGAUAUAAAAGAAAUUAAAAUCAGCCCUAUGAAUGAAAGCUUUUGCUGUCAGUAUGUUUCAGCUCAGGUCACAAAAUGUAAAGAGGUGAACAGCAAUAUAAAAUAUAAGAAGAAGUGUGUGAAUCUUCUGUUAAACAUAAACCCAUAUACAAGUGAAUUGGAAGGAGAUGCAUCAAAAAGAAACUGCUUGAGGAAAGUAAAAACAUUUCCAAAGCUACCUUCUGAAUCUGAGACAGACCCAAGAACUUUCAUCCCUUUCCUUACUCACAGUGGACCACUAACAAGGAAACAAUGCCCAUUACAACCCAAGUCAUUGUCUCUAAUCAAUAAUAAUAAGAAUCCUGCGUUGGAAGGAAAAUCAAGUCAGUGUGAUGGAAAUAAUGAACUUGGAUUAAAAGCAACAUAUUUCCAGGGACCAAAUAAUAAGUUAGAAGACUUUUUCCAGAGCCCAGAGGUAUCUUAUCAACACAAAAAGCCAACCUGUGAUGACAAAAAGGGAUAUUUUCUUCCAUACAAUAAUGUGGUUUCUGGAACUUCAAACAACAAUGGUAUACUAAAUGGACUAGAGAAAUCAAAUUCUGGCCACAAAAUAUUAAAAAAACAUAAAUCAUGGGAAUAUUGUAGAGAAACCUCUGCAAGGUCAAAUGAAAACUGUCUGCUGCAUAUUAACAGAAUGACCACAGUGCUUACAGCACUUAAUGAAUAUGAAUGUAGCUCAAGCUUGCUAUGUUCUCAAGAACAAAAUCACAGUGAGAUGAUAGCCUGUUAUAUUGAAGAUACACAAUAUGGAGGCAGAGAGUCAAAAAUGAAAAACAAUGAGCAGUGUGUCUUUCUGAAACAUCUCUUAACACAGUAUGGUAAACCAUUGAAAGACUAUGAGCUCUGGGCUUUAUGCCAUGAAUGCUUGCUUACUAUGGAAACAUAUAUCAAUUAUCCAGCAUAUUUGUGUUUAGACUCCGUCUUGAUUAACAGUGAUGGAAGUGUUCACUUUGUUCCCCCUAAAAGUGAAGGAUUGUACGAUGUGUUUUAUUUGGCUCCUGAGACGGUGGAAGAGGGCUGUGUUACUGAAAAGGUCUGUAUUUACUGUAUUGCUGCAAUUUUGUGGAGAGCAGCAAAAUACAAUUUUCCACCUGAUCACAAAGUAGUGUUGCCAAGGAAACUGAAGAAUUUUCUUCUGGAUAUGGCUAGACAAAAGUCAGAAGACAGGCCUUCUCUGGCAGAUGCAAUUAAGACAUGUGAUAGCCAUCUUCUUGAACAAAGUAUAAGCAGCAAGAAGGUUCUGGCAUUUUUAUCCAAAUCUGCCUUUCAGGCUUUCAAAGAAUUGGAGUCUUUUAAUAAUAGCUUGCCUUUUAAUUUACAAAGUGAGAAAAAUUCAAUGGAUGAAAACUUAGGAUUUUUACCUAUGAGCAAUGAAAGCAAGCUGAUAGCAGUGAAAGGACCAGUCCCCUACCAGCCUUCUUUAAACAGAGAAAGCACCAUGUUGCCAAGUGCUUUCACUUCUUCAGCAACCCACUUUAAGCCUAUUAUUCUUCAUCAAAAUACAGAUGUUAAAAAGGUUACUGCUGCAUCUACAAUGGUGCAAUGGGAAACAAAUAAGGAGAGAGUAGUACCUGUGGACAACAAAAAUUCAAUAUGUUUAAAUAUUGAUGCUGAAAACCAGAUGGAUGAGAACACUGAUUUGCCCACAGUCAGUAUUACAACUGGUAUUCUGGAGCAGGAUAAACAAGGAUUGAAAACAUCACUUCAGUCUGGUUCGCAAGAGCAAAAUCCAAGCAGCACUAGCUCAUGCAUGGUUCAGUUACCCUUAUUUUCUGAAUCUUCAUGUCUUUCUCAAGAGAAGUGUCCUUCUUCAAGCAUUUCUAAUUGUUCUGUGUCAUCUAGUUUGGCUUUUAUAAAUAACUUCCUUUUGAAGCAGGACCCAGUGACAAGAGUGUUAACUCUUGUACCAGUCCAGAUGGCUGUAUCUGAGCAAAUACCAAAUAAACCUCUUCAUUCAAAAACAGUUUACAGUUGUUGUCCUAGUUUACAUGUCCUCCUUUCAGAUUCUGUAGUGAGCUAUGAUGCUGACAAAGCCCUACAAAAUAAUUCACCCAUGAACAAUCUGAAGAAUGUACAAAAUGAGUGUUGGGAAAUGAAAGUCAAGAUUAAUAGUUUACCCCCAGCUACGAUUAAUAAAGAGACUCAAACAAAGUGUCCUGAAAAUAAUCCAUUCCUUACAUUUUGUGAGAAAUCCGAUACAGAUGCAGAGAGCAAUGUCUCUUUAUCAGAUUGCACGUCACAUGCCUCUAUGGACCAAAACCCUGCUUGUUCACUCAACCUAGAAACUUCUCACCAGAAUAAUGGGAUAAAGGAAGUUUUGAAGAAAGUGGUGCAUCUUAUCGAAGGAGAGUUUACAUUUGGCAGUCCCCUAGAUAAUACAGCUGAAGCUCUGGCUAUAGGUAAAUAUAUUUACAGUUUAAAGGAUCUCAGAUACAACACUUUCUGUAGUGCAAUCUCUGAAAAAUUUUGUGACUUUUAUUGGAAAGAAAAAUUACUAGCAAACCUCUAUGAUGCAGCAAAUGGUAAAACUGCUAUGACUGUAAGCACGAAUGAAACAGAAUAUUGCAGCAAAACAUUCCAGGGCCAAAAUAAGCCUGACAGUCUUGGGAAUGCCAGUGAGGAAACAAAUGAUGGAGAUGACCUUCCACAAGAUAAUGCUGAAAAGGAAGUUGAAUCACAGAAAAUUACAGUUGGAAUAGAAAAAGAUGAUGGUGAAUGCUUGCAGACCAAUAAAUGUUACCUCAGUCCAUGCUUGCCAGAAGAGAAUCAAGAACAAGAUCAGGUUCCAGCAAAGAUGGAGGAAAAUAUUUACACCUCUUCUCCCUGCUUUUCUGAAUUGUGUGGAUUUUGUUCUGAUUGGAGCAGUGCAUUCUAUGGUUCAGAAUGUUUUAGUUUGGAAGUACACCGCUACAUCAGAAAACUUGGAAAGCGAAAAGCUAAUGAAACUCAAGACAUUGAUGCUAAGAAAGCAGAACUUGAACAGAUGAUAAUGAUUGAGACAAAAAAUUACAGGAAGAGUAUAAAAUUCUACCAGAGGCUGUCUCAUAAGGAGAGAAGAAGCAAAGGUGGUGAAGGGAAAAGUAUGUUACCCAAACUGAGGGAACAACUAGAAGAAAUGAAAACAAAGGUACAUUUUCUUGAACUGGUGAAGAAGUAUCUACAGAUUAUGUAUAUAGAGAAAUGGGGAGUUGAAGCAUGCAACCUUCUUACAGUUGUUAACCUGGCAAGAAGUGAAACUCCGGGCAUCAGCUCCUUGGACUGUAUGCUCCUUUUCUAUAAUAUAAAUAAAACCCAGUAUAGAGCCCAGGGUAAUGUCAAUCAAAGUCAGCCAAGGAAUCUACAAGCUGGAACACCACUUGGGCUGAUGGCAUAUCUCUAUUCCAGAAAUGCAUUUUUAGAAGGCUAUGUACAGCAGUUCCUCUUCACCUUUCGAUAUUUCUGCUCACAAGAAGAACUUUUGCAAUUUCUCCUUGAUAGAAUCAGAAUCACAUUACCCAAUUCAAGCCUGGAAUCUUGUUCAUUACUUAGCAAAAUAUACCACCGCACUUUCACCAUUCUGCAGACUUGGAUUGAAGACUGUUAUGCUGUAGACUUUACAAUAAACCCUGACUUUAUGAAUACACUAAAAGAUGUUAUUUCCAAGGCAGUUCUACUCAAUGGCUAUGACAAAUGGUUGCUGUCACUGAUGGAAGACAUUACUAGCAGGAAACGGAACAAUGUUUCUCAGUGCUACAAGACAGAAGAAUGGGAAGAUGAGGAGGAUAGCAAUGAAACAAAACCUUUACACUCUCCUUGCAAAAGGAUCUCAAAAGAUGUUUUACAAAAGAACUUUAACUGGAAACUCUCGAAGAGAAGUGAAGUUGUUGCACCUUAUCAGAGAGACAAACAUAGUAUUUCAUCAGCUUUACCAAAUAUAACAGAAGAAUUCUCAGGCCUUUACACUAAAAUAGAUGGAAUACCAUAUUUCUUAACAGAAUAUACUGCACAACAACUUUGCUGUCAGCUGACCCUGUUGGAACAGGAAAUGUUCCAUAAAUGUCAUCCAGUACACUUUCUAAAUUCAAGAUUACUUGGAGUGAAAGACAAAAGUGUGCCUCUCCAAAAAGCUACUUCCACUGAGCAAUUGCCUGCUCAAGCCUAUAACCUUUUUGUGAAAAACUGUGUCCAAGAUGAUUAUCUUUUGCAGCUUUUAAAACAUGCAGACAAUGUCAGUAAUUGGGUUGCUGCUGAAAUCGUAACAAGCUACAGCUCUAAGAUACAGGUGACCUUGCUGUCAAAAUUACUCUUCAUUGCAAAAUGUUGCUAUGAGCAUAGAAAUUUUGCCACUGCGAUGCAAAUCCUAAAAGGCCUGGAAAAUCUGAUUGUGAGACAAUUACCAGUUUGGAAAUCUUUGCCUUCUAAGGUAUCUGAAAUAAUGGAAGAACUAAAGGCUGUUGAGGUGUUUUUAAAAAGUGACAGCUUGUGUUUAAUGGAAGGAGAGAGGUUUAAGACUUCACCAACAAUUCCAUCAGCCCAUGUUCUGGCGAUGCAUGUACAGCAGCUUGAAACUGGAGGAUUUACGAUGAGAAAUGGCACAUAUAAAUGGACUAAACUCAGAAACAUUGCAAAAGUUGUGAGCCAAGUUCAUGCAUUUCAAGAAAAUCCGUACCGGUUCCCUCCAGAUCACCAACUGCAAUCUUUCUUAAGACAAAGAAUAGCAUCUUUUAGUGAAGCAGACAUUUCUGCCUUAGCAGCUGACAACUAUGCCAAUUUUUACCAGAUACCACCUGAAAAGCAGUCCCGAAAAAUCCAGGACACAUUGCACAGGAUGAAAGCAAUGUUUCAAUAACUGUUUAUAUUUCUUCUUUAACAUUUCAAGGUUAACGUAAUUUACCUUUUGCUAAACUGGUCUAAUAGCAAGUUGUCCUCAAACGAAUUUGUCAAAGCUGCAUGCCAUAUAAAGAAAUUUAAUAUUGAGACCUUAUAUUGUUUUCUUUUAAUUUUUUUAUUGGAGAAUAUGAAGUCUAUAUUUAUAAUCAAAUCUGAGUAUUUAUUGUCUUUUUGGUUGAUGCCUGCUUUUAUUUUUCCUUUAGUUUUAAACAUAUGAAUUGAUCUCUUGAAGUAUGAAUUAUUUCUAUCGUAGAAUGAGGCAGAGGUGCUAAACAUGGAGUGGGGAAGGACAUUAUACCAUCUGUAAGGCUUGUAAUUAUGUAAACUAAUUUUUUUCCAGAUAAUGAGAACUUAUAUUUUCCCUAUUAUUUGAAUUGGCCCUAUUCUGCUUUCAGAACCUAUUGAAGAAGUAAUUUUAGUCAAGGUUUCACCUGAAAUGAGUGCCAAAAAGGCAUUUUGAUGCUUUCUGCUAAGAGCUCACACAAGCCAUUAAAAGAGCCUCCCCUUUGGUGAUUUCUUUCAAAGGACCUUACAAAAGGGGGUGGAAGUGUUUUUUUCAGGACAUCCUUUGCUCUGAAUGGAUUUUUGGGGUAUGGGAGGACAGGAACGUAUCUCUGUUAACAAGCCAACUAGACAACACUCCCUGAUUUGCCACACUGCAGUGCAGCCACAGCAUGGCAAAAUAUGGAUAAUUAGCCCGGAUACUUCAUUAACAGGGAUAUUUUUCCUGUUCCCGUUCCAUGAAGGCAGUGGAUUUGCCCUCACUAAUAUCAUCACAGAGAGCCAGUGUGGUGUAGAGAGCCAGUGUGGUUUAGUGGUUAAGGUGUUGGACUACGAUCUGGGAGACCAGGGUUUGAAUCCCCACACAGCCAUGAAACUCACUGGGUGACCUUGGGCCAGUCACUGCCUCUCAGGCUCAGAGGAAGGCAAUGGUAAACCCCCUCUGAAUACUGCUUACCAUGAAAACCCUAUUCAUAGGGUCGCCAUAAGUCGGAAUCGACUUGAAGGCAGGCCAUUUCCAUUUUUCAAUAUCAUCACAUGGCCAAAUGGGGAAGAGUGAGUGUGUCCAAUCCUGACCUUGAGUGCCCAUGGGGCAUGAUGCAGUAAGGCAGGCCAGAGUUGCAGAACCUCAGAGAGCUUCAACUGAACAACUUGUUCGGAUGAUGUAUGAGAUCAAACUGGUGCCUUUUAUCCUAACGGCCAGAUCACCUCUUCCAGCUCUGCUCCUUCCCAAAGGAUUGGGAGUACUUAAAGGGAGUCCUCUGGCCUGGAGCCUAGAAAUCCGUCUCUUCUCCAUUAAUUGCCUGGAUUCAUUGCCUGCGCUGACUGACAAACUUAGGGCUGCAUGAGGGUCCAUCAUGCAGAAGGCCAGUUCCUUGUGGCGAGGGGUGCAGAUUCAGGGUUACUAUCUCUGGAGGUUCCAGUUCAGGAAUUCCUAGCUCAAAACAUCCACGGUUGACAGGCUCAGGAUUGAUGCUGGGGCAUGGGUUGGUAUCCAGCACCUCUUUUCCAGUGCCACUGGUCCAACUGACCUGUCUGGACCCUCCUCAUCUAGAUCAAAGUCACAGUGCAAGCUGCUGCUGCUUAGGAUAGUUGUUCUGAAGAUUCAGAAGGUUAGAAUUUUCUUGGAAUUCUUUAUUUCCCCUCAUAAAUGACACUUUUUUCACCAUGAUAAUGUUCAUGGGCAAACAUUAAGUGUCAAGUACCUGAAAUCAAUGUAACAUGUUUGUUUGUGUAUGUGUGUGCAUGCUUAUGCACAUGGCUCUUAAUUUCCCCCCCGGGAUUGUUUGCCAAGAUCUUCACUAUCAAGGACUUUCUUCACACUGGAAAUUAUUUCCCCCCCAGAUACUUAGGUUAAUAUCGUCUGUUCACAUGCACUUAUGUAUUAUACAUAAAAGAAAUGCAUCUCUCUUUUAUUUAUAUAUUUUUAUUGUUAUGCUUCCAGAUGGAAGGUGCAGAAUAUUAUGUAACCUUGCCCUGCAGAAUAAAUUUGACCUGUGUUCAAAAUAAGAGAUGGGAUAUUAAUCCAUUGCUACUGAAUUAAUAAUGCAUGCAAGGCUUAUUAUGCCUUGUUCAUUAUAGCUUUUUGGGAUGUUACUUUCACAACCACAAAUCUAGAAACAAGCAUUUACAUUCUGAGAAAUUGAUAUUUUGGUGUGUUAGGACCUAUUCCCUGAAACGCCCUGCCUAUUAAUAUGAGGCAGGAACCUUCAGUGUACUGUUUUCAAUGCUUUUGAAAUGUAUUUGUUUAGGCAAGCCUAUCCAGUAGUGUAAUUUUAUUAUGUAUAUUUGUUUUUUAAAGUUUUGACAAUUUUACUG